AUGGGUCGACUUGUUUUGGCUUUCUUCAUUCUAGCUGAGAUCUUGUUGGUCCAAGCAUUGGCAAAUAGAUAUGAAACUUCAGAACCUUACCCAGCAAAACUUAGGGUUCGAAGCUCGGUUAUGUCGGAAAAGAUGGCAAUAACAAUUGCAGAUUCGCUUGUAUCAAUUGGAGCAAAGCUGCCACAGUGGGAUCGCAGGCGAAAUCAGGCGUUGGCGAUACUUCGGCGAGGCCUGGCGAAGCUCAAUCCACAGCGAAACCAGGGGCACCGCCAACCAUCAAGGGCGGCGUCGCAGACUAAGGGGGCAGCACAUAAGGAGGGAAACACGACGCCCAAGGAGCCAGAUAAGGAGAAGGCGACGCCCUUGGAGCAAAGAGCGCAGACAAUGGCAGCCAAGUGCCGCCGGAGACGCGGGUGGAGGCUAGUUGGUGCUAGGGACGCGUUGGAUGAUGUUAGCGACGCGCUGAGUUACAGGUUUGGUCUUGAAGACGGGUUGGGUGCAGGAGGUGGCGUUGCCCUCGUAGUGGGUGACAUGGGGGACGUCCCAAGCACUAGAGAGAUGGGUAAUGAGAGCAGGAAGUUGGGCUCCGUCGAGCAGGCGUCUGGUGUUGAUAGGGAUCAGCGAGUAGGCGUGCUGAGUAGUGAAUGCAGUAUCCUGGGUUUUGCCAUGGAGGGGGAAUGGAGACACCUUUCGACUAAGCUUCUCAGUGAGUCAAAGGAGCUGCUGUCAAUGAUGAUUCGAAG